AUGUAUUUGUCAGGGAGGAACGGGACGAGCAUCUCGCCGUCGGGCACCGACCUCGCCUCCAACACCACCACCUCCUCCACAGACCCGGCAGAAACCGCCUCGUCCUCGUCGUACUUCCUACCCGAGCUGAUCCCACUGGUCGCGAGCCGGCUGACGACCCUACAGGAUUUCUUCGCCCUCCGCGCCACCUGCCGCACCUACCGGGCUCUCCUCCCGCUGUCGCCGUCCAACCUCGCCUCCCAGGCUCUGCUCCUCCUCGUCCCCCACAAGGCAUCUUCCUCGGAAGCCCUCUUCCACAUCCCACUCCGCCGCAUCCUCCGCUUCCGCCUCCCCCGCACCGCCCUAGCUCAACAUGACCCCAGCAAUGACGAAUUCGAUUCCUUUGGUUGCCGUGUCGCCAUCGAGGACAGCGAUGCCGUGGGCAGCCACCGCGAGCUCCACAUCUGCCACCUCUUCACAGGCGAGCGAGUCCGCCUGCCCAAUCCCCUGAAGUACUACGAAGGAAUCAUCUUUGCCGGCGACCUCAUUCUCACCUUUAAUCGAUACCAUUACCACCACACCGUCCACUACUGCCGCAUUGGGGACAAUCGCUGGCAAGAGGCGUGGUGCGAUGAAGGCUACAGGUUUCGUGACCUGAUUUUCGUGAAAGGCACCCUCUACGCAUUGAUCUAUCCAAAUCACAGCCUCGCUGUCGUCGAGCUUGACAACACUUCCGCGGUACUGUCGUUUCUUGGAGGUGAAUCGAGUGCAGAAAUAGUUGAAAAUUCUUCGAUGUUGAGGCUAGCAGAGUGCCGUGGUGAGCUAUUGCUCAUUAGUGCUGUGAGGUUCAGGGCUGGUCCUGAGAUUUUGGGGGCCCGGGGCGAACCUAAAAUCCGGGGCCUUUAG